AUGAACACGGCGUCAGACAACUCAUCGCACGAUCUGGAGAAGGGAGUUGCACUAUGUGCAGAAGGGUCGUCGAAGAUGGAACCUAGUGUGCAGGAGGUCGGCACUGUUGGAGAAUAUGUAUAUUUGGGUAAUACCAUGUACAGAAAGGCGGACUUGGCAAGUGCGUUUUCAGGUUUCGGCAGUGGAACCGCACAGAUCAAGAAUGAAGGGACUGGGUACGCAAACCCUGUGCCACUGGGGUUGGCAGCGUUUUCAUACUCGUGUAUGCUAUUGUCUUUGUACAACAUGCAGGUGCGUGGCGUGACGAACAACCAUAUUCUUGUCGGGGUGUCGUUUUUCCUUGGAGGGAUGAUCGAAGUGCUUGCUGGUCUGUUGUGCUUCGUGACUGGCAACACGUAUGGAAUGGUAGUGUUUUCGAUUUUUGGGGCAUUUUGGUUUUGUGAGGGUGCGAUCAUCACGGAUGCGUUUGGUGUGAUACAGUCAUUUGGAGAUGACACAAAGAUGUUAAAUGAUGCAUUGGGCCUAUUUCUGAUUGUUUGGGUCAUAUUUACAUUCUUCAUGUUUCUGUGCACAUUAAAGUCACCUUGGGGCCUUUUUGGACUUCUCUUUUUCUUGGAUAUAACAUUUUUGUUACUUUCCAUUGCAUCAUUCACAGGAAAUGAGAACGUUACCAAAGCUGGCGGGUGGACAGGAUUGAUCUCUAGUUUCUUCGGUUGGUAUUCGCUGUACGCCACCUUCUCUAAUAGUUCAAACUCCUACAUCCCUCUUCCAAUGCUUAUGAUGCCGAAUGCCUCAUAA